AUGAAAAAUUUUUUAAUCUUUGAAUUUGUUUCAACUACCUAUUUAAAUUAUUAUGAUGUUAGUAAUAAUGAAAACAUUGGGCAAGGAUAUAAAGAAUUUAAUAAUUUUAGAGAAUUACCAAGAAAUGAUCUACCUAAAUUAUCUGAACAGGAAUUGCCAAAAAGAAAAUCUGUUGAUUCUGAAUUAAUAUGUCGGUUUGAAUUAUUAAUUAUUUAUUUCAGUGUAAAUUUGAAAAUUCUAAUAGAAACAGCUUCAGAAUUAAUUUAUUCAUUUGGAGUUGAUAAUAAUUUUAACGCGAAAUUUAAUGAUUUAAAAGAAAUUAAACAUUCAAUUGACAAGAUCUUUGUGUAUUUAAUAGUAAAUGGGAUUUUAAAAAUAGUCUAUAUUGAUGGGAAUAUAAUGAAAUAUAAAGUUUUACAAAACAUUUCUCAACCGUAUUUUUUAACUUAUAUUGUUUUAAAAGAUUUCAACUACUCAGUUGUGAAUAUUAAGCUUUUAAUAUACUCAACUAUUCAGUUUUUUGAAAUUUUCAAAGUGUUUUGUAUUAAUAAGAUGAGGGAAUUGAAUAUUGAUGAAAAUGAAAUUAAAAAAUUGGAUGAAAUAUGUGGAAAUAUGUAUGAAAAAUUAGAAAAGUAUAUUAAUUAA